AUGGCAGAUGGUACAAGUGACGAUGAUGUGGUUCAUUUAGCUAGUUUUCACACUCAUCGCCACCAAGGAAAUGAUUUUAGAAGAACCUACAUAACCAUAUCUGACGAUUCUGAUGAUGACCCUGUCACGUUCGUCGGCCAGGUUAUGGUCAAGGAUGAGGAAGAUGCGGAGGAAGUUAGCAUAAUAGAGACACGGAUUCUGCCUCAGCGCAGGUUCAUCAGGCCCGCAGCUGAGUGGGGGGGGGGCACUUCCCGCGGCCCCACCCCGGGACCCGGUCAGGCUCCCGCCAACAAGCAGCUUUUAGUAGCAACUGUUCAUCCCACAUCAGGAGACAAAGCCAUAGGUGUCUUUAAAGAGGACCAGAAUGCUGUACCCUCCACCUCUAGAGACAAUGCCUUGCCCAGACCCCCCCUGCCUGCCAGGGAUGCCCACGCCCCCAUAGCCCUCCUCCGUGCGGUUAAUCAGGGCGUCUCUGUGAUCACUCCCGCCAGGACAGAGUUACCGGCCAAUCCCGUGGCGGGCCACGCCCUUGUGAUCGACAUCCAGCAGGAGCCAGAAAGAGACGGAGCCGCGUUGCCGGAUCAGAGCGCCGCGGGCCCCGGGCCGGCGACCGACGUCCGGCAGAGGACCGAGGCGCCUGCGGUUCCGGCCCAGGUCCAGGCCAGUCCACAGAGGGACCCUCCACAGAGGCUGCAGGGCGUGGUCGUCGUCCCGGUGCAGCCGGCGGCUGUGGUAAGGCAGGACGCUCAGCAGGAGGAACCGCGGCCCGUGGCUCCGCAGGCACAGGCGAUGGUGGACGACGAGGUGCCGGGGCCAUCUGUUCCCAGGCAGGAUCAGGGAGAACAGCCGAGGGAUCAGGCUCUACUCAGCUCUCUGGUGAAGGGAGUGGUGGACCUCUUCCCCGACGUGGUCGAAUCCUACGUGGUGGAGUUAAUCCAGAAAAACGGUCUGAAAGAUUUAAACGUUAUAUGCAAUAUCCUGCUGGAGAACCCUGAUUAUCCACGGAAAGCCAACACCGUCGUGGCUCAAACUAGUAUUCUCUUUCAGACAAAUGACACUGAAGCCCAGGAAAACGAGGAUUAUUUUGAUUAUUCCAAGCUGCAAACGGUCGGCCCAGAGGUCGUGAUGCAUGCUGCAGACAUACUGAUGGGAGACUUUAGGAUGCUGAGCUGUCAAGACAUCAAAUGGGCACUGAAUUCUCUUAAAGGACACUAUGCAAUCACCCGCAAGGCCUUAUUUGAAGCCCUUAAAAAGUGGCAAGCCAAUUCCACUGACCCCUCAGGGAAAAGAAAGAGGAAAAGAGAGCCAAGCGAACGUCCUUUCAUAGACUUCAAGUUUGAGCAUGGUUCUUUUCGAUUAGAGAGACGUAUGUACUUUCUGGAGAAGAACCGUAAAUGGUGGAGACCGGCGGGAACGGCGCUGGAGCCGUCUGUAAUGAAAGAAGUGCAGUUUUACGAGCAGAAGGCCAAGGAGAUGGCUGAGCAUGAAGAUUUUUUACUGGCUUUGCAAGUGAAUGAGGAGCAGUAUCAAAAGGAUGGUCAGCUGAUUGAAUGUGGCUGCUGCUGUGGAGAUUUCGCCUUUGAGGAGAUGACCCAGUGUACAGACGGGCAUCUCUUCUGUAAGGAGUGCCUCGUGAAAUACGCCCAGGAGGCUGUGUUCGGCUCAGGACGGUUGGAGCUGAGCUGUAUGGAGGGAAGUUGUAGCUGCUCGUUUCCCACCACUGAGCUGGAGAAGGUUCUACCUGAGAACAUCCUGAGUAAGUACUACGAGCGCCAGGCUGAGGAGGCUGUGGCCGCGACCUGCGCUGACGAACUGGUCAGGUGUCCGUUCUGUAGCUUCCCAGCUUUACUGGAUAAAGAUAUUUCCCUCUUCAGCUGUCCCAACCCUCGCUGCAGAAAGGAAAGCUGUCGGAAAUGCCAGGUAUUGUGGAAAGACCACGCGGGGAAGACCUGCGAACAGGUGCUAGAGCAAGACGAGAUUCGCCUACGGGUGGCCUUCGAGGAGAGGAUGACGGCCGCCCGCGUACGUAAAUGCCACAAGUGUGGCACGGGCCUGGUCAAGUCGGAGGGCUGUAACAGGAUGUCUUGCCGCUGCGGGGCCUUCAUGUGCUACCUCUGCCGCGAACCCAUCAACGGCUACAACCACUUCUGCCAACACGCUCGCUCGCCCGGUGCCCCCUGCCGCCACUGCAAAAAGUGUUCGCUCUGGACCGACCCCACGCAAGACGACGAGCGGCUCAUUCAGGAGAUUCAGAAAGAGGGAGAAGCGGAACUGAAUAAGAAAAACCCACAGUCAGAAAGCCCAGAGAAAAGAGUGGGUCCCCCUCCCGAGUCGACGCCCACCAAGAGGCCCCGUCUGGAGCCCAUCCCCAACGUAGCGGCGGCUAUGGCCGCGGGUCCGCCCCACGCCCCGGCUGCGGCGGUCCACGCGCCGCUGCUGGUACCGCAGGUGGUUCUGCCUGGUCCCCCUCACGCCGGCCUCUUCAUCCAGCCUGUCCCACUCGCUCCUCUUCCUCGCAUGAACAACCCUAAUGCCAACUUCAACAUCAACAUGCCUAUGCACUACGGUCCACACCACCGCUUCUUCAGAUUCCUCUGAGAGGUGACGGACAUUGGUA